AUGGAACAAAAUAGUGGUUCCAGUACUUUUGGUCGCACGGCCCAAGAGGGACUUGAAACUGCAAAGGAUUACGGAACGCAGGCAUACGAAACUGCCUCAAGAAUUAGUCACGGUUAUAUGGAGUCGUUACGAUCUUAUAUCAAUCCCCUCCUCCAACCUGCAUCAAACAUGGCAACCUAUUUGUGGAAAAACUUGCCGCCGCUUCGCUGGUUUGCGUAUGCACUUGGAUUAUUCAAUUGCAUUCCGUUAGCCAUAUUUUUAGGUUGGAUUAUUUUGACACUCGGAUUCGUGUCAUCCUUGGCUGGGGUGGGAAUUGUGAUCGCCCAGGGGUUUUUUACAUUUUUGGGAUUUAUAAUUUUCCUCCCCGUUGCCUGUGUUCUCUUAAUAAUCGCCGCCAUAGGCGCGAUCGCUGCCACCUCCGCAUGGCUUGGAUUCGAGGCGGCGAAUUUUGGGCUGGUUCAGUUAGGCGUUGUAAAGAGUAGGAACGCUAUCGGUUACACUCAGGCUAGAGCCAUUACUGGGACUGGCGCUCGUGAUGCUCGCGAACAGGGGAGAUGA